GCUCACGCCGAGUGGAGAGAGUACGAGCAACGGCUUACUCUCAUUAUCUCACCCUACCUCACCCACGCUACCCACCACGACAGCUAUGAGAAGAAGUGCUGCCAUACUACAACCUCUGAUCAAGAUUACAGGGACAGCAGCAACGCCCUGCCGUCUUUCUGCUGGCAUUCGAACACGCCCACCUUCACAUGUGGCGUGCCGACCUCACAGCUCACCCUGCCGAGCAAUUGGAUCUCAUGAUGCCAGUGCUUCUCGAUACCCGGCCUUUGGCCUAACGCAUCGCCAGUACUCGACGCUUCCGAAUCAGGACCAAGUCAUCCAGUCGUUUGCAACCCCUUUUGGAGAGUUUGUGUCCAUCAUCUCUCGGAUUGCUCGCAUCAUCGUGUUCACUGGCAUGGGAAUCGCCGUCGUGGGCGUAAGUGCCUUCGAGGGCUCACACAUCUACGUAGAGAAGGUGGCUAUGAAGGGCGCAACUGAUACGAAGACACGACUCGGCACAUCCUCUGAUGAUCCAUGGGGCUGGUCGUCCGACUUCGAGGAGGAGGCAUGGGGGCCAUCGUCUGGCGGGACCGACCCGCGUCUUGGCUUCUUCGGCAGGCAUGCUUUGAGAAGCGCAUGGAUGGCAACGCAUUGGGGCUCGGGAGUAGCGCCUUCUCUCAUUCUGGCCUCGGAUGGCGCUUCUUCUGGAGGCUUCAACCAAUCUAGCGGUCCAGCCCCUGCUCUGAACGCCCUUGCAAACGAAAAGAAUGACGGGCUUGCUUCGGCAGAGCAAUAUCUAGCAGCCUGCCUGCAAACAGCCGAAGAAAAGGGGAUCAGGUUGCCGGACAUUGCUGCCCUCAGAGCGGGUCUCAAGAACGCUCAUCAGAGUGGUGCCGAUGCUCCUCUGGACCAGACGGCUGUCAUCCUCGAGACUCGACUAGCAGCCUGCAGGGAGAGGAUAGGAACAUACGAUACUCUGCCGCUAGCCAUUUCAGGCUACGAGCGCCUCUAUGACGCUCUUGCUGCCACCGAUUCGGCACACGAGGCUGUAGGUCAUUCGGGACACCCAUCGAUUGCCAAUAGCAGGCUGGUCCGACUCGCGACGAAGCUCGGUGACCUGAAUGCGGAGAUUGGCCGUCGGGAGGAGGCAGAGGCCUGGCUGCUCAAAGCAAUCACAUUGGCAGGUCAAGGCUCCCACACAUCAGCGGCCAAGGGCUCGAUCUUAGAAGAGGUGGCUGGAGUGGCUGGAGAGGAGCCGGCUUCAUCCUCGUCUCACAAAGGAUGGUUCUCUGGUUGGGGUCAUAGUGCCCCUCUCUCACCAUCGCAGGGAGCGCCAGACGCCGCGCCAGACGCUACGCUACCCACCUCUGUCGCCUCCAAGCCUGCUGUCACGCCCACCCCAAGUUUGACCAGGUCCCUCGUCUCCACUUUGCUCUCCAUCUCCGGGCUUUACGCCGCACCGCCCUCGCCUGGCCAGACAGACCCUCGGGAUGCAACUUGGAGGGCCAAUCUCGAACAAGCAUUGCGCAUACAGGCUUCCGCUCUGCGGUUGAUUCGGCUAGAGCUCAGCAGGGUGCAAAGUCAAACUGCUCAGCAAGGCCAGGUGACCGUAGACCCGACGAGCGAGGCCAGUCGCGAUUUGCACUCUCUGUGGCUCAAGAACAACGAGGCAAUGGUCAGUCUCCACCUUGCCGAAACAAUAUAUGCCCUAAAUCGCUCUGGAUCUCGCACUGCUGAUGCAAUGAAGUCUCUCCUGUCAAGGGCCAGCAAUGCGGUUAGCGGAGGCGGAGACAACAGCAAGGUCAAGCAUGGACAGAGCAUCGAUUGGCUCUUGGAGGCAGACUCUGCAGCCCAAGUAGUUCAAGCCUCACUCUUGACUCCCAGAGCAGUAAGCGGGAAAGCUGCUGCUGCGCGUAAUCGAUCCGGCAAGACGAGUGGGCAGGUUUCGGAGCUGUUGCCAGAAGACCUCAAGGAGCAGUGGAAGUCACACCCGCAGCUCAAGAUUCCAGCUGAACGGCUCCUCCGAAACUCCGGACGUGUAAGGUCAGAGGCAAAGGGCAUGGUAGACGUCUUGAUGAGGAAAGUCUAGUGCGGUGAUGCGGUGUCUUUGACCGCGAUGACAUGGGAGAAGGCGUCUGGCCUUGCGUCCGCUUGUGGAAAAUUGGCUGUCGUGUCUUCUACUCGAUCCAAGUCCCCGUAUGGCGAAAAUCAUUGCUUGAGACCGAUCGCGAGCGUGUGGAAAUUCAAAAUUGAUUUGUUUUUCAAGAUGCCGAACAUCGUCAGCAACAUUGCCGGAAGGCAAAGGGAGCUGUCCCGGCGGCAGGGGCCGAUCGUGUGCUCGCCUAAGGCCUUUUGGC